CCCCACCCCCGGGACCGAGUGUUUACGAGGGUCCCUGGCAGAGCCGGACCGGGAUUGGGGACAGCUAGGAAGCAGGAGCCAGCCGUGUCUCAGGUGGGGGGGCCUAUGGCAUGCAUGCGCGACAAGGUGGGAGACGGGGAUCCCCGCACCCUGGCCGCUGCUGGGCUCAGUCCUCCACACCCGCGUCUGCCAGACCAGUCCCAGGUGCGAAACUGGGGCGCUACCUCUUUAAAAGCGUCCAGUCUGAGCCUCUGCUGCACCAUGUGAUUGCUUGAAAGGCAGGGCUGGGAGCCUGGAGGAUGGUGAACCGCUGCGCGGAGCCCAGAGCCCAGAGCCCAGCCCAGUCUGGCGCAGCCUCUAGCCUCAGGAGGCACCAGGUGCCCAGAACUUUGAGCACCGCCUCUGGGACUCGCUGGCCCCCAGCAGACAGCAUGGCCGCGUAUAUUGGCAUCGAGGUGCUCAUCGCCCUGGUCUCUGUGCCUGGGAACGUGCUGGUGAUCUGGGCGGUGAAGGUGAAUCAGGCCUUGCGGGAUGCCACCUUCUGCUUCAUCGUGUCGCUGGCAGUGGCUGAUGUGGCGGUGGGCGCGCUGGUCAUCCCGCUCGCCAUCCUCAUCAACGUCGGGCCGCGGACCCACUUCCACACCUGCCUCAGGGUCGCCUGCCCCGUCCUCAUCCUCACUCAGAGCUCCAUCCUGGCCCUGCUGGCGAUUGCUGUUGACCGCUACCUCCGCGUCAAGAUCCCACUCAGGUACAAGACAGUGGUGACUCCUCGAAGGGCUGUUGUGGCCAUCACUGGCUGCUGGAUUCUCUCCUUCGUGGUGGGCCUGACGCCCAUGUUCGGCUGGAACAACCUGAGCGCGGUGGAGCGGGACUGGCUGGCCAACGGCAGCGUGGGCGAGCCUGUGAUUGAAUGCCAGUUCGAGAAGGUCAUCAGCAUGGAGUACAUGGUCUACUUCAACUUCUUCGUGUGGGUGCUGCCCCCGCUGCUGCUCAUGGUCCUCAUCUACAUGGAGGUCUUCUAUCUGAUCCGCAAGCAGCUCAACAAGAAGGUGUCGGCCUCCUCCGGAGACCCGCAGAAGUACUAUGGGAAGGAGCUGAAGAUCGCCAAGUCGCUGGCCCUCAUCCUCUUCCUCUUUGCCCUCAGCUGGCUGCCCUUGCACAUCCUCAACUGCAUCACCCUCUUCUGCCCUUCCUGCCACAUGCCCAGGAUCCUCAUAUACAUCGCCAUCUUCCUCUCACACGGCAACUCGGCCAUGAACCCCAUCGUCUACGCCUUCCGCAUCCAGAAGUUCCGAGUGACCUUCCUUAAGAUCUGGAAUGACCACUUCCGCUGCCAGCCUGCGCCCCCCGUUGAUGAGGAUGCCCCAGCAGAGAGACCCGAUGACUAGACCCCGCCUCCCACCCCCCCUUGCCCACAUCUGGGGUGUCUCAGCCCGGGGCUCCCCUCCCUGCUAUCCCACUCAUCUCCCUAGUCUCUCCCUGCUGUGGGCUGUGGGCUGUGGCUGUGACCCACCCCUCACGGUCCUGGGGGAGGUUUGGGAGGUCAGUCCAUGGGGAGAGAACCAGGUAACCUGAGGGAAAGAGGAAAGUGGCUUGGGCCUCCCCAUCUGCCUCAUCAACCCAAGGCAGCCCAGUGCCACGGCCUGAGUGGGCCUGAGACCCUGAGACUGCCGUGGGACCACGUAGGCCAGAAAAGCAAGCUCAGCUCCCACAGCAGGCAGGACAGCGGCUUGUCUGACUUGGGUGCUGGGAUUGCAGCCCUGGGACCCAGCUUAAGGAGAGAAGCUCCCCGCGAAGACAGAGAGAAGGAGAGAAAGUGGAUGUCCUGGCCUUGUUUUCUCUCCUGUUCUGCAGGAGAAGGUGGCCAGAGCCACUGACAGGCAGGAAUCAAGGAGCCUUUAGUCCCCAUCUCCCACAACCCUGUGUUCCUGGCCAUGAUGCUUGC